AUGGAGCUGGUCCCGUACAACGACAAGAAUGAAGGCUCGCAAGCUGUGCCGCCCUUCCCGGUGGCCACGCGAGGACCGGAGGGCUACCCGACCUGGCCUUAUCCCCCACUCAACCAGCACUCCGCUGAGACCUAUCGGCAGCCGGACGAGUUCGUUCCUUCGACCCCGUUCCCACCCGCGCCUUAUGGCCCUCGCCCCUUGAACGGCCCCUCGACCGCCAGUUUCGGUUCGAUCCUGCCCGCAGGCCCGGUCCAACUGGCGCCCCCUAUGCCAUGGGGUCCCGAGCCACAGCAAGGCACAGUCCAGGGCCAUUUCAGCCAGGCCAUUGUUCCUGUUGGCCAGCAAGGAGCGAACACCGGAGAGUACCCCCACGGUCAUGGUUACGGCGGCGCUUCGAUUAUGCCUCGCUCCGGCCGAAGGCCCCGCCGGCGCGCCUCCACGGCCACUGCGCCCAAUACAUUGCCUCUCGGCCGUACAGCCGGUGUGCUUGAGCUUCUAACCAAGGAGUGCCAGGCCCGCGGCUUCAACCCGGAGUGGAAGAUCGACAGGCUCGGCGAUUUCAAGUAUACAUGCCGCGUCAUGCUGUGGGAUCAGGAAGUCCAGGGCAACGGCGAGUAUUACGACCCGGUCGAGGCAAAGCGUGCUGUCGCCGCAAAGGCCCUCGACAUUGUUCGGUUCUGGCCCCCCGGGCAGCUGCCUCCACCGCAGGCAUCCCGCAGCUGGGCACCUCCCCCGGGCAACCACCCCGCCAUCAAGGACGAAGAGCAGUCCACAAUGCCGGCUCUGCCUUGGCACCAGCCGGCUGAGCAUCCGAGCCAGCCUGCUGGCCGAGUCCACCGUGUGCGCCGGGCCAUGACCACUUCACGCCCCGCACGCUCGAACGACGACGCGUCGUUGGUCCAGGCCUUCCUCGACGGCAUGGCCGCCGGCGCGCGUAUCAGAGAAAACGAUUCGCGCGCCCGCCGUUCGCGCUCGGCUUCGCCUCGGGCGACCUCUCGCACCUUGGACGGGCGCCGAGUGCGAUCAUCCCAACGCGACCGCCACCGGUCCAACGCCAAUCCCAGCUCGCGCCGAGGCGAGGGCCGCCCCAGGGCGGACAAGUAUCGCCCCAACUACCGUUCCGGCACUGAGGGCCAGUGGGUCCAUGAUCGGUACCGCCCUUAG